CACACUUUCCAUAUUUCCUUCCUGAAUCCCCUGUCUGCCUUCAUUCAUCCACACCGCACACCGGGUUUGCAGCAACUAUGGUGCUCGAUUUAGACCUGUUUCGCACCGAUAAAGGCGGCGAUCCUGAAAUCGUCAGGGAGACCCAGAGGAAACGGUUUAAAGAUGUGUCUCUGGUGGAUAAACUGGUCCAGGCUGACACAGAAUGGAGAAAAUGUCGCUUUACCGCAGAUAACCUAAACAAGGCCAAGAAUCUGUGCAGCAAGGCCAUUGGCGAAAAAAUGAAGAAGAAAGAGCCUGUUGGUGAUGAUGAGACUCUUCCAGAAGAGGCACAGAACUUGGAAGACCUCACUGCAGAAACAUUAUUAUCCCUUACGGUGACUCAGAUCAAGAGGGUGCGGUUACUGGUGGACGAGGCAGUGCAGAAGACAGACAAUGAUCGGCUUAAGCUGGAGGCGGAGCGCUUUGAGUACCUGAGAGAGAUCGGCAACCUACUGCACCCCUCUGUGCCCAUUAGCAAUGAUGAGGAUGUAGAUAAUAAGGUGGAGCGCACCUGGGGCGACUGCUCUGUGCAGAAGAAGUACUCCCACGUGGACCUGGUCGUCAUGGUGGAUGGAUACGAAGGAGAAAAAGGAGCCAUUGUGGCUGGUAGCAGAGGAUACUUUCUUAAGGGGCCUCUAGUUUUCCUGGAGCAGGCAUUAAUAAACUAUGCACUGCGGAUCCUGUACAGCAAGAACUACAAUCUCCUCUACACACCCUUCUUCAUGAGGAAAGAAGUUAUGCAGGAGGUUGCUCAGCUGAGCCAGUUUGACGAGGAACUCUACAAGGUGAUUGGGAAAGGAAGCGAGAAGUCAGACGACAAUACGGUGGACGAGAAGUAUUUGAUCGCCACAUCAGAGCAGCCAAUCGCUGCCUUCCUGAGAGAUGAGUGGCUGAAACCAGAGGACCUCCCCAUCCGCUACGCUGGCCUCUCCACCUGCUUCAGACAGGAAGUGGGCUCUCAUGGCAGAGACACACGUGGGAUCUUCAGGGUCCAUCAGUUUGAGAAGAUUGAGCAAUUUGUGUACGCCUCGCCUCAUGACAACAAAUCAUGGGAGAUGUUUGAUGAAAUGAUCGGAACUGCUGAAGAGUUUUAUCAGUCGUUAGGAAUUCCCUACCGCAUCGUCAACAUUGUGUCAGGUGCAUUGAACUACGCCGCCAGUAAAAAGUUGGAUUUGGAGGCUUGGUUCCCAGGCUCCCAGGCCUUUAGAGAGCUUGUGUCCUGUUCAAACUGCACUGACUACCAGGCUCGCCGCCUGCGUAUUCGCUACGGCCAGACCAAGAAGAUGAUGGAUAAGGCUGAGUUCGUGCACAUGCUAAAUGCCACCAUGUGCGCGACCACUCGUGUUAUCUGUGCGAUCUUAGAAAACUUCCAGACAGAGGAAGGCAUCAUAGUUCCAGAACCCCUCAGGGCAUUCAUGCCUCCAGGUUUAACAGAAAUGAUCAAGUUUGUAAAGCCCGCCCCCAUUGACCAGGAGGCAACCAAGAAGCAAAAGAAACAGCAGGAAGGAGGCAAGAAGAAGAAACAGCAAGGCAGCGACGCUGAUCUAGAGAAUAAAGUGGAUAACAUGUCCGUCAUUGACUCUUAGACACGCCCCUAUACAGUCAAAGCCAAUCAUAAUGGUUCUUAUAAUGUCCACCUGCCCAUUCACUGUCAUUGUUCACUGAAUCUGUCACUCCAUUUCAUUCAUGUCAUCUCCUUUGCUGCGUUUUAUUUCUUCUCGGACAGUUUUCUGUCUAGAUUUUUAAAUCAUUUUCUUGCAGAGGGAAAAUUGAAAUCUUCAAUUCAAAAUGCAUGAUGGUUUGACAGACAUAUAGCCAAUAACCAGAAAUGCUUUCAAUGGCUCUGUAAUUUCCAAGUCAUUGUUGUACUAAGAUACAGUUAAAUUCAAAACUGCUUUAUUAUAAACAGUACUUCGAUAUACUGCAUCAGUGCCACAUUAGAGGAGGGUAUUUCAUCUUGUUCUGAAUGGAAAUCAGUUUUACACAAUGAGAAGACCUCUUUCUUUCAAUAUUCUGUCUUAGAAAUAAAAUCUGUGCAAUAAAUAAGUAAAAUGGAAGCAUAAUUGUUAAAGUUAUUAAUUGUUGAUUACUGAGCACUUACCAUUUACAUUGUCACAAAACCUCAAAGUGAUACAGGAUGAGCUGUUAUAAAUGCAUCUGUCAUUCAUCUCUGUCUCUGUGAAUUGUCUGUAAAACAGGGAAUGUGAUUAUAUGUACUGUACUUGCUUAACAUGCCUGGUUUGAGGUGUCAGAAUGAUGGCCUAUGGGAAUAAAUCAAUAUGGAAAGUGAAA